AGUCGGGUCCCUCUCGUCGGCUGGCUUUCUGUGAGAGGAUAACUUCCACCAUAUCCUACAUUUACAGCUCAACCAAGCCGGCAAACUACUGCAACACUAUGGAUACUGGAGAUUGUCCCUUCCGGAAGAAACGGAGACCAUGGCGCAUGGACUUCUCAUCCUUUGCCUUGGCAACCGUGGUACUCGUCGUAUGCCAAACGACCGUGGCUCGUGCAGACCCAGUGGAUGUGUUGCGGGCUCUGCAGGUUCCCUCUCUCCCUGAGGGCGUGAAGAAAGUCCCCGGCUUCUGCACGUCCCGCCGCUCCGGCACCCCCGACCAUGCUUACCGCAUCAGCAAGAAGGCCCAGAUCUCUGCCCCCACCAAGCAGCUCUUCUCAGGUCGAUUCCCGGAGAACUUCUCCAUCAUGGCCCUGGUUAAGGCCCAGUCUGGUCUCCAGGCCUUCCUCCUCUCCAUCUACAGCGAGCAGGGCAUCCAGCAGCUGGGUAUUGAAAUGGGACGCUCCCCUGUUUUCCUGUACGAGGACCAGAACGGCAAGCCAGCCCCUGAAGACUACCCGCUGUUCAGAGGCGUCAACCUGGCUGAUGGCAAGUGGCAUCGCAUUGCUAUCUCUGUUUCCAAGAAAAAUGUGACACUGCUGCUGGACUGCAAGAAGAAGAUGACCCGCCCCCUUCCCCGCGGCAACCAUGCAGAGGUGGACACCAACGGCAUCACAGUGUUCGGAGCCCGCCUGCUCGAUGAGGAGGUUUUCCAGGGAGAUAUCCAGCAACUGCUGAUCGCCUCCAACCCCCAGGCUGCCUAUGACUACUGUGAGCACUACAGCCCUGACUGUGACUCCCCGAUCCCCAAGACCCAGGCUCAGGACCCCAACACAUACAAGAAGGUGAUCAAUGGAGAAUCCGUCCCCACUAAAUCCACUCCUGUCAAACCAAAACCAGCUUCUGCUAAGCCAGCCAAGACUGUUCCAUCCAAACUUGUCGUCAAGUUGCCUAUGCCUGCCAAAGCCCCCAAGACUGUUGCAGCCAAGGCAACCAAAGCUAAGCCCUCCGCUGUAGAGAUCCUGUUCUCUAAGAUAAAACCAACAGCAGCAGCUAAAUCUAAGCCAGCAGCUGCUCCAGCUAAGAAUGGCAAACCAACGAUGGAAAAGAAAGCAAAUGGUGCAGCUAAAGCCAAUGGCAAUGGAAAAGCAGCUGUAACAAAAACUAAUGGCAAUGGUAAAGCUACAGCUGAUGCCAAGCCAGCAGCUCAGGCCAAGGUGUAUGGGAAUGGCAAUGGCAAGGUUGCAAAAAUUGAAACCACUACUAAAGUAAAGACUGAAAAAGUUGUCAAAGUAGAAAAGACCGAAAAGACUGUGGUCAUUGCACCUAAAACAGAUGCCAAAGUAGAAGCUACUAAGGCACCUAAACCGACAAAAGCAGCAAAACCUGAUCCUACAAAAGCAGCUAAACCUGAAUCUCCAAAAGCAGCAAAACCUGAACCUACGAAAGCAGCAAAACCUGAACCUACAAAAGCAGCAAAACAUGAACCUACAAAAGCAGCAAAACCUGAACCUGCAAAAGCACCAAAACCUGAACCUACAAAAACAGUGAAGCCUGUGGCCACCAAAGCUCCAGCUGUGAAACCUCCAGCAAAGGAAGUCAAAGAGGUCACCAAAGUGAAAACUGUUGUCACCAAAGUCCCUCUGGUCAAAACAAGCGUCAGCAAAGUUUUGAAGAAUGUGAUCGAAAAGGUUACCAUCCAGAAGAAAGUUGCUUCAACAUCUGCCCCUGUCCAGCCCACUCCACCCAGACCUACAAAACCAAAGGUGGCGGUCGACAAUAAUGUCAAGUCCCUGCACAAACCAUUCCCACCGUUUGGCAAGACUAUGCUGGGUGGAACUUCAGCCGCCGUCAGAGGACAAAAAGGAGAACAAGGAGACCCUGCUGUCUUGGAGCCUGGUAUGCUAAUUGAAGGACCUCCCGGACCUGAGGGAGCUGCUGGUCCUACAGGCCCACCCGGCUCUUCUGGACCCCCUGGCUCUUUCGGUGACCCCGGCGAGAGGGGCACUUCUGGUAAGGCUGGUAUGCCUGGAUCUGACGGAGUCCCUGGACCUCCUGGAACAUCUGUCAUGCUGCCUUUCCGUUUCGGUCAGAGUGGAGGAGAUAAGGGUCCAUCCGUUUCUGCACAGGAAGCCCAGGCAGCAGCCAUCUUGUCUCAAGCCAGGAUGGCUCUGAAAGGACCUCCUGGACCAAUGGGAUACACUGGACGCCCUGGACCUUUGGGAAACCCAGGAAGUAAUGGUCUGAAGGGAGAGGGUGGAGACCCCGGUUCUCAGGGCCCCAGGGGACCCCAGGGUAUGAUGGGACCUCAAGGCAAAUCUGGCAGAAGAGGCCGUGCUGGAGCUGAUGGAGCCAGGGGAAUGCCAGGAGAGUCUGGAACAAAGGGAGACCGUGGUUUUGAUGGCCUUCCUGGUUUGCCCGGGGACAAAGGACACAGGGGUGACACAGGAUCAUUGGGGCCCGCAGGACUUCAAGGAGAGGACGGAGAGAGGGGAGACGACGGAGACAUUGGACCAAGGGGUCUCCAGGGUGAAUCAGGACCUCGUGGUUUGCUCGGACCCAAAGGUCCCCCUGGGAUCUCCGGACCUCCUGGUGUGCGUGGAAAUGACGGGCCUCACGGUCCCAAAGGAAACUUGGGUCCCCAAGGAGAGCCAGGACCUCCAGGUCAGCAGGGAACCGGAGGAACUCAGGGAAUGCCCGGACCUCAGGGAGCCCUCGGACCUCCAGGAGAGAAAGGACCCACAGGAAAACCAGGUCUUCCAGGAAUGCCCGGAGCUGACGGUCCUCCUGGUCACCCAGGAAAGGAGGGGCCUUCUGGCACCAAAGGAAACCAGGGACCCAACGGUCCCCAGGGAGCUGUCGGCUAUCCUGGCCCUCGUGGCAUCAAGGGAGGUCAAGGAAUCCGUGGACUGAAGGGCCACUGGGGAGAGAAGGGUGAAGAUGGUUUCCCUGGAAUUAAGGGAGAUUUUGGUGCCAAGGGAGAGAGGGGUGAGCUUGGAGUGUCAGGGCCCAGAGGAGAGGAUGGUCCUGAGGGGCCAAAGGGUCGCGUCGGGCCCCCUGGCGAGCUCGGACCACUUGGAUUGGUUGGAGAGAAGGGUAAACUUGGUGUACCUGGACUUCCUGGAUAUCCCGGAAGACAAGGACCCAAGGGAUCUCUUGGAUUCCCAGGAUUCCCCGGCUCAAACGGCGAGAAGGGAACAAGGUGCAUUGAUAUUGAGAGCAAGCAGUCUGCUGCAGUGAUGGUGUUUCUGUCUCUGUUUUCAAGGACAAACCAUGAUGCAGUGCAGCAGCAGCAGAACGCCUCCUCGGCACGAUUCUCUGGGAGCAAGGAGAAAGUCUAA